AUGUUCAAGACAAGAUGGCGGGGCUUGGAAAUCUCGUGGCUGCAUGUUUGAUUGGUAUUUAGCCCCGUUUAUGUCCAUGAAUCAUUUAAAAAUUCAUAAUAAUGAGAUGAAGGUAUACUUAAAAAUCUCCUGCUUUGAUUAUUUCAGAAAAAGAUGUCGAUUCAGACGUGCUUUGGACAUGGUCCUACCCAUCCAUAACACAAACUUUCCGGAAGAUCAUUCUGAGGAAAUGCUGUCUAAAGACUGAUAAAGAGGAGAUCAUACCCUUUUGUUUUGGCCAGUUUAACAAACAGUGGUUUUAUAUUUACACAUCAGAGGUUAAAAAUUCUGAAGCAUUGAGUAAGGUUGGCUGUCAUAGUUUACAAUUCUUUAUUCUUUAUUUUUCAUGGAUAAUCCCCAUUUUCACCCCGGCCCUUCCCCGCCCCCCAAUUCCUCUGGCUGAUUAGCUUACCAUCUAGAGUUAAGCUCCUUUAGGCGGACAACCUCGGGAAGCAAAAAACAAACAAAAUAGACUGACACAAAAUGAAGAUGACGACUGACUGGAAUGGCUAUUCUUCAAGGGUUAAAGAGGGUCUUGUUAAGGCAUAAUGGCUCACUCAAUUCCAAGUGUGCCCAUCCCAACCCCGGGCAUUUGUCAUUUUGUUUUGGAAAAGCUGCAAAUGCCCCACGGUGGGGCCGAGUGUUCAUACAAAAAACUCACGGUGGGCUUUCAAAUAGGGUGCAAAUGCCCCAGCCAGUAAAUAAGCCAUAAAUACCCAUUUAUGGGAAAUCUGUAAUAAUUUGAUCAAACUCACAUGUGAAGCACCCUACGCAAAUUGCUUCUAGCAGCUACACUGUAUAUAUAAUAUUAUUAUUGCAAAAAGGAUCAAUUUGAUAUGAUUAAUCUCAGUGACAGAACUAUAAAAUAUAAUUUUAAUAAUACCUUUCAUAUUUUUGAAGAUGUUUAAUAUAGUGAAUGAUUGAGGGUCAACUGACACAUGGUUAAUAUAGUGAAUGAUUGAGGGUUAACCGAAGCACUUUACAUGAGCAUUUUCUCAUCAUGAUGGAACUGUUGAAUUGUCGCUUUUAACGAUACAAUACCCUAAGUUUGUAUUAGCUGUCAAAUAUCACGCACAGUUUUUCCAGGCAUUUCUGCCUCAACAAUUCAUGCCCAAAGAAAGUGUCUUUUCCCUUAAUCUCUUCAAACAAUUGGUUGUUUGCUUUCAUGUGCGACCUGAUCAUGAUGACAGGAAGCAAUUUCAACUCACUGUUGCCUGAGAGAAAACAAAGGGCUUGAAUUCUUGUUUAGCUUACUUGUGUGUCUUGGAAUUUUUCAAGAUUUUUAUGAAAUCUUAAGAGGGGUAAGAGCAUUUUUUUUUCAGGAAAAUGUUGAGGCCAAUUUUCAACGUAUUGUAUCUAAGCUUUUUAAAAACCAUUUUAAAACUGAUACUGAUUCCUACCAAUUAAAACCAUUCUUUGAGUGAUAAUUAUCAAUAAUACAGUCGAACCUCCCGUAAGCGACCACCGAAAAUGCGAAGACAUAGUCAGUGGUCGCUUACAGGAGGUGGUCACUUACGAGAAUCGAACCACAGGGGGUUUCUUCCAAGAAGAGGUCCGGACACAUCUACUUUAAGGAAGAGAAUUUAUCACAGUCAAUUUCCAAAUUGCGACAUGUGCAAUGAUGUUCCAUGUUGUUACUAAGGUUCUUCGUAUAUUCAAAGGAGGAUAGUUCACCCAGAGACCAUAAGAGAUCAGAAAACCCGUCAAGUGGUCGCUUACAAGAGGUUAAAAACAAAAGAAAAUUGUUAAAUCAUCAGCCCCAAAUAGUGGCUGCGGUCGCUUACAGGAGGUGGUCAUUUACAAGAGGUUCCAACUGUAAGACUUAAACUGGGAAAGUUUUGUUGUUUCGGAUAGGUGGUCGCUUAAGGGGGGUGGUUGCUUAUGAGAGGUGGUCACACAUGGAGGUUAGACUGUAACAUACAUGUGUAAUUAUUGGGAAUUGAAAUUCCACACUUGUAUAAGUUCUGUUUGCAAUGAGGAUUUAUUCUCUUCUGUUUUCUAGGUCACUCAUGUAGCAUUAACACUUAUAGCAAAGGUGAGGGGAACACCUUUUUAUUUUUUUGGCUGUCUAAUAAUUAUUUUACAAAAAAACUCAUGAAUAGCAAUUCAUGUUUAUUUUCUAAUGUUAUAAAUCUGUAACCCUAUAAUAACCUGGUUAUGAAGCAGGGGUUUCAAUAAGCACCAACUACCGACAAAACGCAUCGGCUCGUUUGCUGAGAGUAUUCAGCUACUUUUUUCCCUGAAAAAGAAGCAACUACUUUUAGAAAUGUCGUAAACAAAAAGCAUAUCAUCAAAUCUGAAUUAAAAGAUAAGUUAAUAAUAUUAUGAUGUGCUUUCAAGGUCCACUGAUAUGUUAUGCUUUAGUUACACCAGAAGCGCUUCUGGUUACACAAACGCUGUAUUUCAAUCAAUUUUUCCCACAUUUCUUUGUAGGUUUAUGCAGAAUUUAGUUAUGUGCAAAUGUACUCAAUUUUGAAUAUUGACAUUUGUUCAUUGCUUGUAAGAAUUGAUUAUGUGGCUAUGAAACCUGAAUGAAAGCUGGAUUUUUUUUAACAAAAAACACUCUCUUCUGUUCUCAGUUUAGUCCCCGGAAGACUAAAAAUCGCAUUUUAGGGCUUUGAAAUUCCAAAAAUUUUCCCGAGGAGCACACCCCCAGAUCCCCCUAGAGGAAGGGGACUAACGGCCAUCUUGUUGAUACAGUCGGUUACUCUAUUAAAACCUGCGGGCUACAUCAAUUAUUCAUGAUUGAAGUCCCUGUUAAGUAUUAUUUUAGUUAUUUUUCAUGCAUUGCUACAUGACAUGUCUGUUAUUUCAAUAAUAAUAUUGUCUGGUGAACAAAACUAGUUUUGUGAAUCACCUAGACAAAUUAAUGUGUUGAAAGUGGAUCCCGGUUAAAUUUUUUUUUCUGUAUCAAUUUUAUUGAUAUAAUGAUGUUUCCACUCUGAUGAGAUUAAUCAUAUGCAUGUUAUUUUCCCAGUUGCCAUGCUUAACCCUAAUCCUUAACCAUUUACAUAUAGGUUCUCACAACAUUCCCCUGCACGUGCCCUAAAUAGUCUUGCACCCACUGAUUUAUCAUUGAAGGGGAAGCCAUGCAAUUGGUGAUCCCUUUCCCAACACCCAACAAUGAAUAACAAGUCAUUUUAAACUUCUAAGGAAGUAAAUCUGUUACCAGUCUGUUCAGAUUUGGAUCUUGUUGCCUUGACUUUCCCAUGGGGUUGGGAGGCAGUUCAGUUAAAGCUGUACCCAGCAAGGAAGCAGGGAUGGCAAACUGUUGAGAUCACUUGCUUCUAUUUGCACAUAAUUGUCACAGUGAAAAAAAGGACGGAGCAUGAAAAAAAAGCCUGUCCAUAAAGUAAGGUUGUGAUAUAUAAGAGUUGAUGACUCGGGACACAGAAAAACUUACCAUUGUCGGUAUUAACCAGUGUCCAUAUUAAGCAGGUCAAUUUUGGGAUAAUGUAUGAGCUAUAAAGGGUUUCAUUUAUCGUUGUCUCAUGAUUGUCACUUGAUAUUGAUCACACCGUUUCGACCGUGUACUUAGGUCUUCAUCAGGCGAUAGUGUCAGUAUACCGAGUAGGACUAUUUGUACUACCGUGAUUGUUAGUGAUUGUUGUAUCACACACCUUGCUCAUGGUUGGUGGGCUUCGAUCUAAAGCAUUGUUGGCAUUUUUAGAGGAGGAAACUGUUCCCUCAAUGGUCUGUUGUGAUAGAGGGGUUCCAUUGUAUCUCUCAUACUUGGCCUCAUCACCACCAAUACAUAAUUUUGUUUUUUUUGUUGUUGUUGUUGUUUUUAUUAUUACAGUUAUUAUUAUUAUUAUUAUUAUUAUUGUUAUUGUUAUUGUUAUUAUUAUUAUUAUUAUUAUUAUUAUUAUUAUUACUACUAUUAUUUUUUCUUAUUUUUAUGUAUUUUUUAUUUGUUUUAUUAUUAUUAUCAUUAUUAUUAUUAUUAUUACUACUAUUUUUUUUUCUUAUUUUUAUGUAUUUUUUAUUUGUUUUUCUGAAGGACUUUUGCCCGGAAAAAUACAAAGCACUUUGUAAGAUCAUGAGUAGCAAGUUCAUAAAAACAGGAGAUGCCAGUACCAUGCUAGAAUCAUACCUGUCUGUCAUAACUAAAGGUUCUUGUUCAAAUGAUGACAAUGGCUUGUUUUUGGCGAAAGACUUUGAUCCACGUAUGUCAUAUGUGGCCUCACCUAUUUCAGGCAAGUUUAUGAUAGAAAAAUGUAGUCAUUUCAAAUUUAAAGGGACAUGCAUGCAGCAUAAUUUUAGAAGGUUUAUUAGAAAUUGCGACUUUCCCCUCACUCUCUACAUCGUUGCUUGCCCAAGGAAGUGCAAUGUUAUUUCCAUGAACUUCGUUGAACUACAGACAGUUUGAUCUGCGUCUGUAUGAUGGGUGACUAAUUAUUAUUCCUUGCUACCUUGCGUUUCGUUAGAUGUAAUCAACAUAUUUGGAGUGGAGACUAUUUUGAUAUACACGGCUCUGCUGUUGAAGAAGAGAGUAGCUGUAUACAGUCCAAAAAUCGAGGCUCUUUUGGGCAUAUGUAGGUAAGGUGUGUCCGUUUUACAUCCUUGGCAGUUAAAAGGAGCUGGUAUGUGGAAGGUUAUAUGUCCCAUUUGAAUUCUGGGAAUUUUCCAAAAAAACGCCCUUUAAAGCUAGUGGAGCCAUCACUCUCAAAACGAAGUAUGCACAGAAAGCGAAAAAGAAAUAGAAGAUAUUAGACGGUGGCGCGAAGAUAUGAAUUUUAUUUUCGAGUGGCAAAACAAUAUUUUAUGAACGAGCGCAGCGAGUGAGUAAAAUAUUGUUUUUGCCACGAGAAAAUAAAAUUCAUAUCUUCAAGCCGCCGUGCAAUGUCCUUGUUAUUGUAUAGACAAAAUGACAUCAAUAAAAUAAUAGAGGGAAAUUACCAAAAUUACGUCAUCAAUAAACUCACGUGUGAGAUUAUGGAAAAUAAACCACUCGGGUCCCGGGUGUAGUUUUUAUGAAUUUUACGAGUGAUAUAUUUUCCAGUAAAACACUCGUGUCUAUAUAAUAAAAGACCCUAAUUUGGGUAUAGCUUUCGGGAUUGUACGAUUAGAUGGAAGGAAGUGCGGGUGGGUAGUGGAACAAGAUUUCAAUGGAAUUCUCGGGUCAACUUUUGUUGUGUUUUGUUUGUGUGUUAGUUUGUUUUUGCGUUUUCCCCCGAAUGUGUGCUCAGACAAGUAUGUUUAAAAGAUCCCUCCUCAUAGCACAAGUUAGACGACAAAGUUGCCCUUGACCUUUAAAGCUGAUGACGUCGCCAGCGGUAUAAGGGACGUGAAUCCGCACGGGCGAAUAGGUUAAAUCAGACUUUUUCCAUUUAAAAUUCUUUAAAAAAAUAAUAAUAAUUCUCUUUUUUUCAUUUUCGCGAGUUUGAAUCAUUAUCAGCGAUUCCAUCUUAUUCGUUUGUUUGAUUAUUCUAUUUAGAGCUUUACCUUUGCUGGUCUGGCAUCGUCAGAAUUGGAGCAUUCUUCAUCCAUUUGUUCAUCUGGAGGAUGAUGAGUUAGAAGGGCUUGCGUCCAACAUAACGUACGUUGCUGGCUUCACUGAUGCUUCGGUUGAAAACAGAACGGAACUGUAUGACCUGUUUGUUAAUGGUAACAAAUUUUUGUAGCUUCUUAAUUAAUAGAUAAGGUUAUAUCUCACGAUAGAGGCCCUCUUAGGGAAGGGGCGCGGGGUUUGUGGGGGGGGGGGGGGGGGGGGGGGGGGGGGGUUUUUCCCAAGGCUGUAAUUUUGAAUUGGGUGGUUGCCAUUUUGGGGGAGAAGCCUUUGCCCUGUGGGUGUUUUCAACUCUUUUUGUGCUUUUUGGACACUUUCUUUUUUUUUUUUUUCCAGGUGUUUUAUUUUAUUUAAGUUUUUCAUUUGAUUUUUUUAAUUGUUGCAUAUAAUAAAAACAUGAAUAAUAUCUUUUUGCUUUCUCUUUUCACAUAUAGUAAAAAAUACAUUGGAAAAAAAGAUGAAAAAAGACAGUAUUUGUAUGUUUGGGAGUUUGGGUGGUAGCAGGGGGGGGGGGGGGGGGGGGGGGGGGCGGUGUAAGUAUGUCCCAAGUCUGAAUUUCAGAUAUGGUCGUUUCGCAUUUUGAGGAGUAGACCAUGUCCCUGUCGGUAUUUAACACAUCUUUAUGCCGUUUGGCACCAUUUCAUCUAGUCUUAUGUCCGGCAGUUUCAAAGCCAUGUCAUUCGUCUGAAUUUUAUCCUAACAGGGCCUCACUUUACCGGGUAGCUCGUACGCCGGCACGAAACUAGAACCAUACCGGAUAGGGCCUCUGUUCACGAAUAAGAACGACAAUUUUGGGGCGAUUUCUGUUACGGAGGCUGCGCCGUGCCAAUCUCGAAAGUGUAACAUCACAUAUUGGAUAGUUUCUGUGCCACACUUUGGUGGUGCAUUGUUAAUAGGUAUUUUGAUGGUAACGCCGGAGGUGAAUAAGUGAGAGCGACGUCUGCAACCCACUGGGACGGAAGUAAAUAUUCAGGAGUGAGAACUGGCAUUUGGUGGUCCAAACCCUCUCUGCAAACUGCUCCGGUACAAGUUAAUGUUCGAUGUGUGUGAACGACAUGUUCCAGUCCCGAGCCGUUACUGCCCAUACUAUACCGGAUUGCUUUUCGUAUCUACACGAUAAUCGAUCCGGUAUGAUGUAGCGAUCCUCUGACCUGUUAUCUUAGCAUUACACUGUUUGGUGAAAGGGAAAACAAUUACAGUCCAACAUCGGUAGAAUUUGGGCGGUACAUCUUGUCCCAUUUCUCAACACCGUUUGACUUGAAUAGUUAGGGUCUCUGUCUCAUACAGGUGGCCACCCUCUAGAGAGUCGACCAAACUUGACUGCCAGAAGAACGGCAGAGAACAACUCUAGGUGUUCGUUUAGGAAAGCUAUCUGUGUAAUCAUAGCGUCUGUUUCGAAAGAGUUGACCGAGCAAGCUUACGAGAGUCGGACCUCAGGGGAUCUCUACCUCAAGCAGUUCUUGCACAUUUAGGAAGGUGAAAAUAACGUUAAUACUCGAAUUAGCGCCCAAGAGGCGACGCGUAUUUGAAUGGGCGUUGCAUUUCAUUCUUUAGUGAUUUUGGCCUCAAUAUGGCUUAGUCCAUGUUUAAAAUAAACAAAAACAGUAACAUUUAACAGGAAAUCUAAAAAGUACAUGUAUCUCCCUGUAUUUACUCGAUUUCCUGUGUCUGCUGCGUAUCCUUGGCUCUGAACGUUCUGUUGUAACCAAGUUUUGUAGCCGUCCUUAAGCAAAUUUGUCAAAGGAGCCGCAUCUUUAAUAUCUACUGAUGGGAAGUUUAAGGUAAAGAGUCCAUUUCUACGUCGGUAGUUCUAAAUACAGCUGUAGUCAUCAUCUGAUUAACGAACCUGAGGCCGACGGUGCACUUACUUUUCCGCCCCCACUCCCCCUCCGCCUUUCCAUCAUGCAGUGCUCCGUUUUACGAUUAGUAAAAGUUUUUAAAGCUGCUGAUGUACGCGGUAAGGAAAGAAGUCCAAACAAGGAUUUGAGGUCAAAGCUGGGAGUCGUACCCGCGACCUCUUGCUCAGGAGGCCGCACUCCAACGAACUGUGUCAAUCUUUCCAACUUCUCUGGUGGUUGUUAGUGAUUUUACGUUUUCUGUAGUACAGUCAACUCUCUACAGCAAACACCUCUCGUAAACGACCACCACUUAAAUUUCUUACACCACCUGACCACUUAUUAAAACAGAAAUUUGACAUAUUCUUUUGUUUUGUUACUCGUAAGCGACCACGCGGCAUGAUCACAUAUGAUUGUAAGAAAACCAUUGCUCAAAUGCCACAAAAGAAUAGUUUUUAAAACGCUGACCAAGCGUGUUGACAGAUUACAUGUAUAGCAGUUGUCUUACAAAAAAGAUGGCUGAUACGAUUUGUAGGUAAAAAGGGUGGAUUAUAACACUGAUGCAAAAUUUUGUGUACAAAAAUUUCAACAGUUUUAAGCGCUAUUCGAUAAAAACAUUAUUGUCAGUUGUCUGUUUGCUUCCGUUUUAGCUUGUAAGGUGACAACUUUGUAUAAUAUGGUAUAUUUAAUAGUUCAGUUGGAGCUUAUUUUCUUGAUUUUCCCCGUAGACCGCCUCCGGUAAGCGACCACUUUGCCGCGCACUAAGGGUGGUCGCUUACGACAGAGUUGACGGUAGCUACCCACCUACCCCUCUCCUAAGCCAACAUUUUGCCCUAAGUAAGAACUGAGUGUUAAUGUUGGUUUAGGGGAGGGGUAGGUGGGCAGUUUCACAGAAACGUAAAAUGAUCCGAAUUUUCCCCAUAAAUACAGGUCUCUUUACGUCCAAACGAAAUUUCUUUUUUGUGAAACUUUUUUUGUAUAGCAAAAUUAAUCAUUUAGUUCUCUUGCUAUUUCCUUUUUUUCAGUUGCCGCCGGAGAAAUCUCUAUUGCACCUGAGGCGGAAGGUAUCAUUAAUUUCUAGUUCGAAUUCGAAUACCAGUUGAAGAAUUAAGUGGCACUGAACAAGCGUGCAUUCUCAAAUCUGGUAGUCCACCCUCCCAAUACAACAACGUUUUACCAGAAACUCGUCGUAGGAAAAGAAGUUGAAAGUAGGAUAAGUAAAGUGGAUUUUAAUCGGUUUUCUGGUGCUCAAUGGGCACUAGAAGGGCUUUAGAAGCACUUUCAGGUGUUACCCUAUUAAGCAAUUGUUUCCCUCUAUUGAAUCCCAUUUUCCGUGAUGGUUGUUUCGUCUUUUGUCGUCGUUCUUCGAUGUAUCGUUAAUGAUCCCUAAUACGAGAGCGACAUGAACUCGUACUCGACGUUGAUGCUAAAACUAAUCUCGCACAUGAUCUAGUGUCAGUCUAUAAAACUCAUUUUAUGAUUAAAUGUCUUGAUCAUCACACAUUUGUAUUUUUUGUUUGGUUUUCUGAUAUCUUCUUUUUUAUCUGUUUUAAUUUGUGCUUUUCGCUAUUUUCGUAGAAACUUUUCAAAUGGGAAAAAUUCACAAGGACAUUGCUAUGUUCAUGGUAGAGGCUGCUAAAAACGAGGAAUAUAAUGAUCAGACGUUGGUGAAGGUAAGAAGUAAUUCAGAAUUGCCUCCAGCUUGCUUAACUUGAGACGAAAAAGACAAAAACAUAAAACACCCAUUUGAUGCGGUAUUUUAUGUUCGUUUUCUCCAUUUCAGGAAUUGUCCGUCAAGACAAAGGACCUUAUAAACAACCUCACAAAGCUAGCGGUGGAACCCGAGGGAGGAGGAAAGGCUAGGGUGACUUUAGAAGCUUUAAAACAACGUAAACUUACAGCUGUAGUGGAAAACUUUUUAUUUAAUCUUGCUGCAGCCGAGGGUUUGGUUUGAAACACAAGGACAUGUUUUAGCGUCUAGAAUCUGAUUUACCGUGUGAUUUUGUGCCCCUUUUCCUUACUAGCAUGUCAAAUAAACGCUUCUGGGCCAGAAAGAGGGAAAUUCUCUCUAAAACUACGUAUAUUCAAUUUGCCUACUAUUCAGGCUUCUCUAGUGAAAACGGUGCUACUGACUACAAUUUUGCCUUGCUCGAAUCGCGUAUAACAUGGAUUGAUUGACGGUUUAUUAUUUUUUUGUUUGACAAAAGUUUGUCGAGUCCUAAGGCAGGAUGACAGCGCUUUGACACAAGUCUAGGGGUGGAUUGUAAACAUUGUGUGCACUUAACCUGUAAACCGCAAUUUUUGACGUCAAAAUUUGAAAAAUAUAUAAAAGUCUUGUGUUGAUGCUCUGUCAAUCUAAGCUUUCUUGACAGAGAUGUGCGUACAAAAGGAGCAAAAUUUUCUUGCAGAAAUAAUUGACAGAUACCACAGUUCCAUGCUGAAAGAAGUAAAUGCUUGGCGAGCAUUUCUUAGUAUUGGUCACGAAUAGCUUAGCAAUAAAACCUUGUAUUUUUACUGUUACAGCACAUGUUUUGAGCUCUACAUGUAGUUCUUGUAAUAUCCACUACGCACACACCGCCACGAUAGUUGGAACUAUUUUAAUGGUAAACUUCACGUGAUAUAGGUACAGAAUGCGUGCGAAGUUACACAGGAUACCACAUCCCUC